AAUUCUUUCAGCCAUAAACAAGAGUCAACAGAUGUUACCAUUGUCGAUUUCGAUGGAGCUAUAUUCCAUGUUUCUAAUCCAAAUGGUGAAAAGACAAAACUCAGGAUUAGCAUCCUACUUAAGUUUUACGAGCAAUUACGAGAACAUGAUGUGGAUGAACUACUUAAAAAAGAAUAUGGGUCUCAUCUCGUAGAUACAGAGGCUGGGUAUGAUGUUUCAGUGCAAAUUGAUUUAAAGAAUUUACCUGAAAAUUGGGAGGUAAUUAUCAAAAAAAUUGGGCUACUCAAACGACAUUGCUUUGCCAGUAUUUUUGAAAAGUAUUUUGAUUUUCAAGAACAAUAUGAUUCGUUAGAUAAGCAACUUCCAAAAAAAGCUGUUAUACACUAUCGUGAUCAGGAAACGAUAUAUAUUGAAGCUAAAAGUGAUCGUGUCACAGUAGUUUUUAGCACAAUAUUUAAAGACGAGGAUGAUAUGGUAAUUGGAAAAAUGUUUUUACAAGAACUUAAAGAAGGCAGAAGAGCGAGCCAUACAGCUCCUCAAGUGCUUUUUAGCCAUCGAGAACCGCCUUUGGAACUUCAAGAAUGUAAUGCUGCUGUUGGUGAUAGUAUCGGAUAUAUAACAUUUGUUUUAUUUCCACGGCACACAAAUGGUGAAGCUAGGGCUAAUACGAUUGAUUUAAUUCAUAUGUUUCGGAAUUAUCUCCAUUAUCAUAUAAAAUGCAGUAAAGUUUAUAUUCAUUCGAGAAUGCGAACAAAAACUUCUGAUUUUCUUAAAGUUUUAAAUCGCGCUCGAUCACAAUCAAAAAAUACGGAAAAGAAAACAAUAACAGGUCGAACUUUUGUCAGAAAAGAAUAA